AGCUGAAGUAUGGAGUUCAAUGGAAAUUGAUGGCUAUAAUGUUAAUGCAAAAUAUGUUGGGGCAGGUGAACAAGAUCUUCCUGGUUUUCCAGACAUUAAAUGGUAUUCAGAACAUGUGCGUGAGAGCCAAUACUUGCUUCAAAUUGUAAAAUGUAGAAAUACAGAAUGCUGUCGUCCAAGAAGUGGCCUAUUUAGAUUACUAGAUAAUAGGUUUCUUCCGCCACCUGUAAAAGUAAAACAAACAGUUGCUGACUUAGUUUUGGAUGAAGGAGGGCAAUUUCUUAAUCUUCCAGUCAAUUUAGCUCUACGCUUAAGUGCUUCACUCAAAGAUUUCCUGCAAAUGCCCUACGAUUAUUUUUGUCGAACGGUAAAAUUGAGGCGUCAAGUCGAACAUGCAAAACGUGUGGUCUUUAUCAUGCUUCCGUCAAGUCACUAAAUCGUCACAUCGAAAAUAUCC